GCUCCCGCCCAGGGAAGCGGAAGCGCGGCGGACGCGGAGCUUUCCCUGGGUGAUGUCGCCAGACCGGCGCCGACCGGGAGCCUCUGUCCGGGCGGGGCUGGCGGCGGCUCUGCGGCUGUGCCCCACCUGGAAGACUCCAGUGAAAAUUGGAGUGUGACAAGUUAACAGAGAAAGGGAGUCGUUGUUUCCAUUCCAUGGAUCCCUUGGGUGCUCCUUCCCAGUUUGUGGAUAUUGAUAGUCUGCCAGGCUGGAGUGAUUCCUAUGAGGCCAAGCAGCUGGAUUGUCACCAAAGUCCUGUUGAAAAAGCUCAAGUUGAUGUUAGAUCACCUUUUCCAUACAGGAAAGACAUCAAUGAAAAAAUARUCUUGUGGAAAGGAGAUGUCGCUUUACUGAACUGCACGGCCAUCGUGAACACCAGCAAUGAGUCUCUCACAGAUAAAAAUCCAGUGUCUGAAAGUAUAUUUAUGCAUGCUGGGCCUGACCUGAAGGAUGAACUCCAGAAGCUCAAAGGUUGCAGAACAGGCGAGGCCAAGCUGACCAAAGGCUUUAACUUGGCUGCCCGUUUCAUCAUUCACACGGUGGGGCCCAAGUACAAGAGCCGGUACCGCACGGCGGCCGAGAGCUCCCUGUACAGCUGCUACCGCAACGUCCUGCAGCUCGCCAAGGAACAGGCAAUGUGCUCCGUAGGAUUUUGUGUCAUCAACACUCUGAAAAGAUGCUACCCCUUGGAGGAUGCAACCCACAUAGCACUGCGCACAGUUAGGAGGUUUCUGGAGAUUCAUGGAGAGACUCUGGAGAAGGUGGUGUUUGYUGUCUCUGAGCUUGAAGAGGCUGCUUACCAGAAGUUGCUGCCUCUGUAUUUUCCRAGAUCAUUGGAAGAAGAGGUGCAAUCCUUGCCUUACCUCCCUGCAGAUAUUGGAAAUGCAGAAGGGGAGCCAGUGGUACCAGAGAGGCAGAUCAGGAUUACUGAAAAACCAGGUGUUCCAGAUGAUGCUUCAGAUGAAGAGGGUCUGGAGGCAGAUUUGUCUUUCAUUGGGUCCCAUGCUUUUGCCCGCAUGGAGGGAGACGUUGAUAAACAGAGACGCCUCAUCCUUCAGGGACAGUUGUCAGAGGCAGCACUGCAGAAACAGCAUCAGAGGAAUUAUAAUCGCUGGCUGUGUCAGGCAAGAGCUGAAGACCUCUCUGAYAUUGCAUCUCUUAAAGCUUUGUACCAGACAGGUGUAGAUAACUGUGGCCGAACAGUGAUGGUGGUGGUUGGAAGGAAUAUCCCCGUGACAUUGAUAGACAUGGAAAAGGCUCUUCUGUAUUUCAUCCACGUCAUGGAUCAUAUUGCAGUGAAGGAAUAUGUCCUGGUGUACUUCCAUACACUCACAAAUGAUUACAAUCAACUAGACUCCAACUUCCUGAAGAAACUCUAUGAUGUUGUUGAUGCCAAGUAUAAGAGGAAUUUGAAGGCAUUGUAUUUUGUCCACCCAACAUUUCGUUCAAAGGUCUCAGCAUGGUUUUUCACAACCUUUACAGUCUCAGGGCUAAAGGACAAAAUCCACUAUGUGGAAAGCCUUCAGCAGUUGUUCACAGCCAUACCCCCAGAACAGAUUGAUCUUCCCCCUUUUGUCCUUGAGUAUGAUGCCAGGGAAAAUGGGCCUUACUAUUCUUCUUAUCCUCCAUCCCCUGACUUGUGAUCUGCAGUCCUGUGAUGCUGCCAGUUCCCCAUGGAUCCAAUGACCUGAUGCCUGCCAAAACCUGUGCAUUUACCCAUGUACAGAAUUCAGAGAGAGGGUUUUCCUCCCCAGCUCUGGUAUUUUUUUACUGAUGAGAUAUUUUCAAGCACUCAAGCAAUCAGAGAACUUUAUGCCACUGUGAACUGUACAACUAUUUCAAAUAUAUUUAUCCAAUGGAAAAGCUGAUUUAAAGAUCACUAGAUGCAUUUUUUUUUGUUUGUUUUGUUGUUGUUGCUGCUGGUUUUUUUUUUGAAGCUGUUACAUUAUUUUUCUGAAYGAACUUUCUCUUUUCUGGGAACUCCAUCAAAAGCACUUGAUCAUGUUUUUAACUGUUACUAUUUUCCAGCUCUGUUUGUAAUUCCCAUUUCUGACUGGUCUGUACAAAUCCUGUGUAGUACCAGCAUGACACAUCACUCAUCAUGUGGUCUGUGUUUCCCAUAAGAUUGCUUUCCCUUUYUGUUAGUACUGAUUACUUUAGUCUUGACCCAGCAAAACUAUCUGGAAUUGGGAAUGCCAUGUCUGCAGGCUGACAAAGCUCUACAGCCAAGCCAAAAUUACUCYAAAACUUAAUCCCAUAAACUGCUAGGUGAGCUAGGAGCCUUGAAAAAGUCCCUGUCAGUUUUCAUUGGAUGAUGUGAAGGACCAUGUCAGGAUGCCACYACCCUCCCAGUAAGAAUAAAACUGAAAAGCAAUUGUGGUUUCUUUUCUCUAACAAUACUCAUUUCUGUUCUUUGCCAUGGCCAGAUAUGUUUGUGUGGUAAGUGGAUGCCAUCUGCCUGAACUGUUUAUGGAGAGAAGGGGGAAAUGAUGGCUCUAACCCCAACCUCUGGUGGCAGAGAUUGUUUCAUGGAGGURUCAGUGUCCCUCUGAUUGCCACUCAUGGAUUUUUGACAAACAUGAUACAUGCAGGAGAGCUUACCUGAGGAACUGGAGGUGAAAAGUGUGUCAGGGCUGCCCAUGGAAAGCUGAAAGAGGAAGGAGAUUUUGUAAAACAAAAUCAGGGAUGGCAGACCCAAGUACAGAAGGAUUAAAUCUUCWGUAGGAAAAAUGCCACAACACUACUGAAUGUGAGUUAGCUGCUUUCCUGUCCUGGCUUUUAUCUGCUACUCUCUCUUUACCAAUUUACCAAAAUUCAGUUUUCCUUGUUUUCCACUCCUGCAGUAACUACCUUAUUUAAGCAUUAGCAGAAGUCAUUGUGAGAUAUUGUGGCUAUUGUGGGAAGUUGGCUUUUCAUGCCUGUUGAG